CAUUAGGCCCGUGUAAAAAAACCCUAGUCUCUUUAUAACUUUCAUUCUUUAUACCUCUCCAUCUUUAGGUUUCAGCCACCAGUCACAGCGAGAGAGAAAAUGCCGGCGGGUCACGGAGUGAGGGCGAGAACUAGAGAUCUCUUCGCGAGACCCUUCAGGAAGAAGGGUUACAUCCCACUCUCCACUUACCUCAGGACCUUUAAAGUCGGAGAUUACGUCGAUGUGAAGGUUAAUGGAGCUAUUCACAAAGGUAUGCCUCACAAGUUCUACCAUGGACGUACUGGUCGAAUCUGGAACGUCACCAAGCGCGCCGUUGGUGUCGAAGUCAACAAACAGAUUGGGAACAGAAUCAUAAGGAAGAGGAUACAUGUGCGUGUGGAGCAUGUGCAGCAGUCAAGGUGUGCUGAAGAGUUCAAACUCAGGAAGAAGAAGAACGAUGAGCUCAAGGCUGCAGCCAAAGCCAGAGGAGAGACGAUCAGUACCAAGAGACAGCCUAAAGGUCCUAAACCGGGUUUCAUGGUCGAGGGUAUGACCUUAGAGACUGUCACUCCUAUACCUUACGAUGUUGUCAACGAUCUCAAGGGUGGAUAUUAAGUUUUUAUUUGACAGAUUUUUGCACUUGUUUUUUUUUUUUCUUUCAUGUAUUUGAAGUAAGACUUGUUUCUUCUAUAUCGUAUGAGUAUGCAGUUCAGAUGUUAUUAGGAGAGAUUGUUUAUCAAAAUUUAUUUCCUUAUUGCAUCUGAUUUGGUU